AUGGGCGAUAAUCGCGUGUUUGCCGUCACUGUGUUUUUCAUUUGCUUCCGAGAAUGUCUUGAAACGACAGUGGUAGUAUCUGUUCUUCUGGCUUUUCUGAAACAGUCACUCUACGAACAAGACCGACAGACAUACAAUAAAUUGGUGAAACAGGUCUGGCUAGGAUGCGGUCUCGGUUUAUUCAUUUGUCUUGCCGUCGGCGCAGGGAUGAUUGGUGCAUUUUAUGGCCUUGGAACGGACACGUUCUCCAGCACAGAGGAUAUUUGGGAAGGUGUUCUAGGAAUUAUCGCUUCGAUCAUUAUCACGAUUAUGGGGGCUGCACUCUUGCGUGUGUCAAAGCUCCAGGAUAAAUGGCGGGUCAAGCUCGCAAAGGCUCUCGAGCCCGAGCAUAAUCCUAAUGAGACAAAGAGAGCUCGAGUAAAGAGAUGGCUCGAAAAAUAUGUCAUGUUUACCUUGCCAUUCAUCACGGUUCUUCGUGAAGGUCUUGAGGCGGUUGUUUAUGUUGGUGGUGUUGGACUGGGUCUUCCUGCUACUUCGUUUCCUUUGGCUGUUGUCUGUGGUCUCCUCGCGGGUGUCGCCGUUGGCUAUAUCAUCUAUCGGGGUGGAAGAGAAACCUCGAUGCAAAUCUUCCUGAUUAUAUCAACUUGCUUCCUCUAUCUUGUUGCUGGUGGACUUUUCUCACGUGGUGUCUGGUACCUCGAAAACAACACCUGGAACCAUAUAAUCGGAGGAGAUGCCUCAGAGACUGGCUCUGGUGCUGGGUCAUAUGAUAUCCGAAAAAGCGUCUGGCACGUGAACUGCUGCAACCCAGAGUUAGGAGGUGGUGGUGGCUGGGGAAUUUUCAACGCGCUUCUUGGAUGGACCAAUUCUGCCGAUUACGGCUCUGUGAUCUCUUAUAACCUGUACUGGAUCUGUGUUAUGAUUGGCUAUGGGCUCAUGUUUUAUCGUGAGAAGCGUGGUGCUAUUCCUAUCAUUGAUCCGGCCAUGCAGCGUUUUGAACGGACAAAGGGAAAGGCCAAAGCUUUCGUUCUUCGCCGUCCCUACGAGGACCCAAAGGCUACAAGGGAAGGGACUAUGCAAGUUCCGGCCAAGCAGGCAGAGACUACUCUUUUGGCCAUUUAG